CGCUGCCAGACGUGCGGGCGAGUGGGGACUGCUUUCCCGCUACUGGGCGGAGCGGGACGCUUUACUUGGGGAAAUGCGGCACCAGGUCGAGGCGACGAGCACGCGGAGCGUGUUUGGCAUCAGCUUAAGAAUGCUGCACUACUUUACGGACGCGACAGUGAACGUCGAGCGACGGGCGAUCAUGCGGCUGGACCACUUGCAAGACGAUGA